AUGGCAUCUUGGGAAGGGGAAGUAAUAUCGACGUUAGGGAAGAGUUGCGACAGAACCUCCUGGUCAACGUCGUCUGGAAGGGAUACCGAGAACGGGUGUGCGUCAUCGUGGGAUGGCCCAGCCUCAUCAUCGUGGUCCACCGUCACAGCCUUCGACUUUCUCCUAGUCUUCAUCAUGGGAAGCAGUAGUCGCCAAGGGAUUCGAGCUGGCCGGGGCGAACAGCGAGCUCAAAGAAAUUCAAUGAAAGCGUGGCUCAAUGGGCUGGCAGAGUUCUUCAAUUCUGUCACUGGUGGUUCAUCCCUGAUCCCCACAUACCGCGUUCUCGAUGGUGGAGGAAAUGUUAUACCUGGCGCGGAACUUCCGCAGAUUGAUAAAGCCUUUGCUCAUCGGUUAUACGAAAACAUGCAACUGCUCCCUACUCUCGACACAGUGCUUUACAACGUGCAACGACAGGGAAAGAUAUCUUUUUACUAUGGAGAAGAAGCGACAAUUAUAGGUUCCGCUGCAGCCCUUGAGAUGGACGAUGAAAUCCUAGGUCAGUAUAGGGAAAUGGGUGUCCUGCUUUGGCGAGGGUUUGCCAUCGACGACGUAAUGGCCCAGUGUUUUGGUAACGAGGAAGAUGGGUCCGGGAAGGGAAGACAAAUGCCGGUCCAUUUUGGCUCGCCUAAACAUCACUUUCACACAAUCUCAUCGCCGUUAGCCACACAAAUACCCCAGGCGGCCGGUGUGGGGUAUGCUCUGAAGCGCACACCAGACCGCCGUUCACGAUCAAUCGCUGCUUGUUAUUUCGGAGAGGGCGCCGCGUCAGAAGGAGAUUUUCAUGCUGGGCUCAUGCUGGCUUCUACAAUACCCUCGCCCACGUUAUUUAUAGCACGCAAUAAUGGGUUUGCGAUCAGCACGCCAAGCACCGAGCAAUACAAUGGAGAUGGGAUCGCAAGCCGAGGCCCGGGGUACGGAAUCGAUACUGUGAGAGUAGACGGAAACGACGUUCUCGCCGUUCUUGCCGCUAUUCGUGAAGCUCGAAAGAGGUGCUUGGAACAAGGCCGUGCGGUCUUGGUGGAAGCUAUGAGCUAUCGAGUCAGCCAUCAUUCAACUUCGGACGACUCGUUUGCCUAUCGACCGCGCACCGAGGUCGAGGAUCGGAAAAAGGUCGACAACCCCAUCAUGCGAUUCCGCCUUUUUAUGGAAUCUCAAGGAUGGUGGAACGCGGACGCCGAAACCGAGCUGAAGGCUCGUCUCAAAGAGGACGUCAUGAAAGCCUUCAAGAGGGCGGAAACGCUUAAACGAGCUGAACUAAGCGAGUUGUUUACCGACGUGUAUGGUGGAGAGCAACCAUGGCAUCUUAAGGAGCAAAGGGCGGAACUCGCCGGUUUGUUGAGGAAGUAUGGAAGUACCUACGAACCGUGGCGAAAGGAGCUGGCAAAGUUCAAAAACAACGGCCGAGAUUUGCUCGAUUAG